AUGUCUCCUCAACACCAGCGCUCCUCCUCCCCCCACCAGGGCGGCUCUCUCUCCGACAUGGCCCCAACAGGAACCUCCAUCCCCAACGACGCCGGCAUCCAAAGAACCAUCCCCUCCGUGCCGCGCCCCGAUCAGAGAUCCGAGAACGCGCAGUUCAACAACCAAGGCAUCGCCGAGCCCACGACCGCCUUUGCCGCCGACAACACCGCCAGCAUGCCCCGUGGCCCUGGAGAUCUGGGCGAGACGGGCGAGGUAUUGACUGGCACGGGGAAUUCUUUCCCGGCGAGUGGUGAGGCGAAGAGGAAUGAGAACUCAGCUGGGUAUCCUGGAGGGAAGUACUAG